ACGCAACGAGGAUUCUUUCCUUCUAAUAGUUUAAAAAUUUUUUCAGUCUUCAUGAGCUCAGUAUGACCAUGCAAUUGUGAAUGUAGGUGAAGUGUAAAAAAUAAUUUGAACUUCGCCUACUUCACCUAUGCAGUAAAAGAAAAAUUUCUUUUCCAUUGCAACAUGGAACGUUUCUACAAUCAUUCGAAAAGCCUAAUUCAAGGGCAUUGAUUUUGAAAUUUAUCUAGUACUGUAAUAUAUUUUAAUAAUCAGCAUGAAAAAUGUAUUUAAACUGCCAUAUGUGCACUAUGAUCAUUUUUUUUAACGCAUAAAUAUAAGGCCACCUAUAUAUAGGCUAUUAUGACCAGCACCGCCUGACACAAUCAAUAAUCACGAAUUAGCUAUAACUUCAGUUACCUUGGCCAUCCGUGUUGGAAUAUUUGAUUUGUUUUCUUUUUUUUGGUUAAAAUACUAAAAUACACGUUGAUUUUUUGUUAAAAAAAUCGAUUUAAAAUAAAAUGCGAAAAUGCCGGAACUUUCUGGAGCACCGGAGAAACGUUAUAUUUGGGACGAAGUUACGGACAGUUUGGCUUUAGUUGGGGCAUCCAAGAAAGAGGAUGAAGCGAUCAAGGGAAAUGAGAGCCAUUUUCAAAGCAGUCGAAUAUCCAAAUUGUACUGUCCUCACGGAUACCUGAUUCUCAAUUUCUACGAGGCUCUCAAUCCCAGUCAAAAGAUGAUUUUUCGAAAAGAUUAUUUGAGAAAAGUACCACCGAAUGAGGCCAACGUCGUGAUACUACAGGACAUCAAAGAUCUCGUUUUGUAUUUAGUCACGAGUCCACUGACGGUGCAAUUCAUAAAUUUCUUCCAUUUACCAAUAAUCGAUAGAUUUAUUCGUGGCCUCAUUCUUUAUUUCCAAUAUUACGUUGACGUGUGGGAAGAAAUAACGGAAAAACGAGUGGCCACAACGAAAAAAGCACCGAAUCCACUCGCUGGUGGCGGUAGACUGCGACGCGCUGAAGAAAUGAGAACUCUUCGAUGUGUCAUUGGACGAGAGUAUUGCGAGAUACUUCUCGGACACGAAAACGGAGGCUGCUAUCAUCAUAUGAUGGCUAGCAGAAAAUCUGGUCCCACACAGACCCAAUCUCAGGGCGAAAAAGAUCUGAGAAUAUUUGAAUACCUCAUUUCCUUAGCACACAGAAUAGUGUGGAUUGCUCUUCAACGAAAAUACUACAAUUUGAUCGAAGUUGAGCUGCACAGACUUCUUCGUACCGAUGCUUUCAAUACAGCUGAUCGACGCAGCGGUGGCAUCGCCAAUCGAUUUAUGCUCGACGACGAGUUGAGGAUAUUGCAAGGUCCGAAGAUGGCAACAGGAAAAAAACUUUUGAGAAACUCUCCUCUGCCUCGUCAAAUAGUUGCUCAGGAAUGUGACUACCGUGUUCUAUCCUUGGGAAUAAUUAAGUCAGCGGAUCCUCGAAUAAUUUACCUGGAAAAUGCUCUUCUUGCGCCGGAAGAAAAAUUGGCUGAAUUAGGCAUAAAAGUUGGAAUCCUCGGAAGAUCGCGAGACGAUUUUGACAUCAUGCUCGUCUCAUCGGAUAGCGAAGAAUCCAUCGAAGAGGCCGAAGACGAAAAAGAUAAAUGGGAAAAACGUAAAAGCUCGCUAACUGAAAGAAUACUCAGAAGCAUGCAACCUGACCGAAGUGGUACGAAAAUGCCUGGAUACGGAUCCGAGUUCGAAGUGGCGGAUGAAUUUCCAACAGAAAAUAUAGACUGGAGAUGCCGGGGUCACAACGAAGAUCGCGAGAGAGCACGAGAAAAAUGGAUAGCGCGUGAAAUGAAACAAAUUGUAAAAUACACCGAUACUAUUUCGAUAGUAACAACGCUCGACUAACAAGAAUCGUGUGUGAAGAAUCAAUAAAAUGAAUGUUCCCGUUAUCAAGUUA